AUGGUGAAUGAAGAGCUCAAGCAGGAGGAGGGCUAUGGCGCCCCAGCGCAAGAGUCUGCACCCCACGGAGACCCCGGCGACUCUGCCCACCCCGGCGUGUUGGCAGAUCCUAGCACGUCUCUCCAUCCCAGCGUCUCCAUCCAUCCCAGCGUCUCCAUCCACCCUAGUGUCUCGGCCUACCCCAGUGCCUUGGCCCGCCCCAGUGGCUUGUCCCACCCCAGUGGCUCUGGCCCAGAAGACCUCAGUGUGAUCAAGGUGAGCAAGCGCCGCUGGGCCGUGGUCCUGGUGUUCAGCUGCUAUUCCAUGUGUAACGCCUUCCAGUGGAUCCAGUACGGUUCCAUCAACAACAUCUUCAAGAACUUCUACGGGGUCACUGCCUUUGCCAUCGACUGGCUGUCCAUGUGCUACAUGGUGACCUACAUCCCCCUGCUCCUGCCGGUGGCCUGGCUGCUGGAGAGAUUCGGACUGCGCACCAUCGCCCUCACCGGCUCGGCUCUCAACUGCCUGGGCGCCUGGGUGAAGUUGGGCAGCCUGCGGCCGCAUCUCUUCCCAGUCACCCUGCUCGGUCAGAUCAUCUGCUCCGUGGCCCAGGUCUUCAUCCUGGGCAUGCCCUCCCGUAUCGCUUCUGUCUGGUUCGGGGCUAAUGAAGUUUCAACGGCCUGCUCAGUGGCUGUCUUUGGCAAUCAGCUUGGAAUCGCAAUUGGGUUCUUGGUCCCUCCUGUUUUAGUACCCAACAUCAAAGACCAGGACCAGCUUGCCUAUCACAUCAGCAUUAUGUUCUACAUAAUAGGAGGUGUGGCCACUCUGCUUUUCAUCCUUGUCAUCAUUGUAUUUAAGGAGAAGCCCAAACAUCCCCCCAGCAGGGCCCAGUCCUUGAGCUAUGCACUGGCAUCUCCUGAUGCAUCAUAUUUCAGUUCCAUUGUCCGGCUCUUCAAAAACCUCAACUUUGUGCUGCUUGUCAUCACCUACGGUCUGAAUGCUGGUGCUUUUUAUGCCUUGUCCACUCUACUGAAUCGCAUGGUGAUCUCGCACUACCCGGGAGAGGAAGUCAAUGCUGGAAGAAUUGGUCUGACCAUCGUUCUUGCAGGGAUGCUCGGGGCCAUGAUCUCAGGCAUCUGGCUGGAUAGAUCCAAAACCUACAAGGAGACAACCCUGGUGGUAUAUAUCAUGACUUUGGUGGGCAUGGUGGUGUACACCUUGACCUUGAACUUGGGACACCUGUGGGUAGUGUUCAUCACAGCUGGCACAUUGGGCUUCUUUAUGACUGGCUAUCUCCCUCUGGGAUUUGAGUUUGCUGUGGAGUUGACAUAUCCUGAAUCAGAAGGCAUAUCAUCUGGCCUACUCAACAUGUCUGCCCAGGUAUUUGGGAUCAUCUUCACCAUCUCCCAGGGCCAGAUUAUUGACAACUAUGGAACCACACCAGGGAACAUCUUCCUAUGUGUGUUCCUCACACUUGGAGUGGCUCUCACUGCAUUCAUCAGGGCAGAUCUCCGAAGACAAAAAGCAAACAAAGAAACUCCUGAGAAUAAACCGCAGGAGGAGGAGGAGGACAGCACUACCAGCAAAGCGCGGGCUACUAUAUCGGAGGAGCAUCUCUGA